UCUUGGAUCCAACAUUGGAUGCUUCCAUAUCGGAGUAUACAAUACACCCAAGGUCCGGUAUGACUGCCUCGUGUGCAGUGAAUGUAGGCGCAUGUACUUCCAAUAGCCGUUGUUGCCUUAGGCCUUCACAGAGGCCAGCUUUUAUGGUGCACGGAUCUAGGUUGCAUCGAGCUGCAUCUAUGUAUGUUUCCUAACCAAAGAAUAUGUCACAUCGUUAGGCAUCUCCCACCAGGCUCAUCUAUUGCUCCUAUCCAAAUACGGAAGUCCUUGGUCUAAGCUAGUUAUCGAGGCUGAGGUUACGUUGAUUUCAAAUUUCAAGGUUGCCUUAUGACGGACACAGACUCGGAUGCAGAGCCCGAUAGCACUCCGGCCACGCCGGCGUUGCAAACGCCGCCUAGGGGUGCCAAGUCAGAAGAGUAUCAUCACCCCUGGUCAUUAUACCAUGCAGCCGCAACUCCUCAAUCGUCGCCACCAGCCUCGCCGUCCUUACCAUCCUUGCGUCUUCAUUCCUUGGGCAUGUCUCCGUUUUCCCCGGCGCGUCGCCAGUUUUCGUCACCCCUUAUUAAAUCGGCAUCUGCUCUGCAUCUAGCUGAGGCAGGCCGAGCUGGACGAGAAUCCGUUGUACAAGACAGCAAAGAUGUUCUCGUGCAGCGACUAAAUGAUCUUGCUGCUCAGCUGAGCAAACAGGAUAAUAUCCAAGAGCACAAUGUCAAUACUCUCCAUGCGAAAGUGGAUGAGAUGGAAAAGGCCCUAUCCACGAGAGACUAUCAGCCAAGUCGAAGAUCUCUAAGGUCUAGACCUACCAGCCUGAUACUCCAGGAUAACAGAAGCGAGCGCGACUCCUUUUGGGGACCGCUAACGCCAGGGCACACGAUGCCUAAUAUUUCGACCACGCCUUUGCCUGCAUACGCAUCUUCAUCAACCCAAACUGAAGGAAGCCUUAAUGCUCAUGAGGUCGCUGUCGCUAAGGGGUCUCAGAUGUCAGCAGCGCAGGCUAGUCGAAUCGCCACGGAAGCACAAAAUUUGUGUAAGGAACUAGAAGAUGUCGUCUCGGGUCUACGCGCUCGGCAGGAGGAGACAGAUCAUAUUCAUGAACUGUUUAUCACACGUGCGGAACGCGCCGCGCAGAGAAUCAUUCAUCUCGAGAAGCGGGUUAAGGAGCUCGAAUGCGAGCGAAACGAAGGUGAGAUGGAGAUGCUCAGCCUGCAGAUUCAGCUAAAGGCGAUCGAGGUGCAGUGCUUAAGCUACGUGCCGAAAGAUGCCGAUGAAGAACUGCGAGAAAGCAUAUCUGCAUGGAAAACAGAGUGGUCUGCCCUAAAGCGGAAAAGGGCCCGGAGAAAAGCUAGCGCAAGCGAAGAUACCGGGACAUUAGGAACUCCCACCAGGCAGCCGAGAAAUACGGGGUUUCCAUGCUGAAUCAGUACCUGCUAUAGGUAUUUGUACAUCAUUGCCUGCUGGUGUCUGGCGGUCUAGGGAUAUUACUUAGAGGGGCAAACAACGGUGCCGAUCAUACGUAUAUUUCAUCAGCUCGAGUU